CCGCGUCGAACCACGCCGGUCGCUCUCCUCUUGGUGAACCGGCGGAAUCGGCGUGACGGAAUCGCCAAGACACCCGAUGGUUGUGUCUCUCGCGACUCAAUCAAGGGAAGUCGACGUCUACCAUUUUGCGGAUGUCCAACAGAAGUUCAUUGAAUUCUUAUCUAUCAGUUACGACAGACUCAAUAGCAGCAUGAGUAGCACGACUAAUGGUCAACUCACGUUAGUAAAUAGCCACGACUGUCUUCCGCAAAUCUCCAUCCAGCUCAGAGUUUCUUUUCCAACAACAUCUCCAUUUACAAAUCGAAACGCGUGGCUAAUUAUUAUUAUCAGACUCCUGCAGACAGACAUGUUACGCCAGUUACGUGAUUUCACAUCAAGUCUGGCUCAGAAAGUCGCCGGUGUGGAGACACCUUCAUCCUUGGAGAGAAAGACAGGAGCCACUUAA